AUGACUGAUGCCAUCUCCGAAUCUAAAAAGAAAUGUAGACAGUACAGUGUUUAUUAUUUGAAAUUUGGCUUCAUUCCAUCAUUGCCGGACAAACAAUCGCCUAUGUGCCUUUUAUGCAACAAAGUUUUGGGCAAUGACGCUAUGAAACCAUCUAAACUGCAAGAUCAACUGAGAAGAUGCCAACCUGAUAAAACAGAGAAAUAUUUGAAAUAUUUUCAAACACUCAAAGAUAAAUUUCAGAAGAGACCUACAACACUGGACAGAAUGUUCGCUUCGACGUCACAAAGAAAUGAUGAUGGUUUGCGGGCGUCUUACAAUAUCUCGUUACUUAUAGCAAAAUCCGGAAAACCGCAUACUAUCGGAGAGAAGUUAAUUUUGCCAGCCGUUGAAGAGGUUUUAAAAACUGUUUUACACAAACCUGCAUCUGAUAUCAUUAAAAGAAUUCCCUUAAGCAACAAUACUGUUGAAAGACGUAUUGAUGAAAUGAGUUCUGGUAUUGAAAGCUUCUUAUGUAAUUAUUUGCAAACGACCCAUUUCUCUAUACAACUGGACGAGUCAACUUUACCUGAUAAUGCAGCAUUAUUAUUGGCAUAUGUUCGUUUUAUUAUGAAUCAAGAAAUCUACGAAGAACUGCUCGUAGCAAAAACUUUGAUAACCGACACUGAAGGUGAAUCAAUAUUUCAUGUUUUGAAGGAUUACUUCAUUGAAAAAGCAAUUCCUUUAUCAAAUAUAAUGUCAGUAGCUAUAGAUGGAGCACCUGCCAUGGUUGGACGUUAUCAUGGAUUUAUAAGCUAUUUAACACAAAAUGUGUCAGGGGUGUUAGCAAUACAUUGCCUCAUCCAUCGACAACAUUUAGUUGCUGAAAAUUUGAGUGUUAGAUUGCAUGAUUCACUUCAUUUAGUCAUUGAUGCAGUAAACCGAAUCCGAAGCAACGCGUUGAAUACGCGAUUAUUUGCGAUGCUGUGUGAAGAAAAUGACGAACACUUUCAUCAAUUACUCCUUCACACUGAAGUGCGCUGGCUGUCGAAAGGCUUAUGUUUGACAAGAUUUUUUGCACUUUUUGAGACUAUUUUAAAGACUUAA